AUGGGGGACACGUUCUCACGACCUGAUGAUGUGUCGAAACAACACCAGUUGGAUAAUGCAAUACCAUACCAGGACUCAUUUGAGUACCGCAAUCUCCUGGAAUGUCAACAGAGAGAUAUCAUAGCGUCAAAGACAGAUGAGGAUAUCUUUCGCUACAUUCUUCGACAAUUCCCGAACCUGAAGAGAGUGGUCGUCACACCUGCUGCUCACGGAUAUCUCUUUGAGCCUCUGUAUAGAACACCCAUGAUUGGAUCUUUUCCAUAUGGGUUCAUCUAUCCUAUACCCCUGGGAUGGCCCAAACCCUUACCGGGACACCAAUGGGCAGUGGCCUCGCCUUGGGAUGGCGACGACGCUGUGGAGGAAGAUAAGGGCUUAUGGCAUGGGUUUCGAAUAGUCACAAAGGUCCUAGCUGAAGAGAAGCACAACGUUACGGAAUUGAUACUUGACGCCCAUCAGCUGAAUACUGGCAUCAAUCACUUCGCCCUGAACCGAGGAACGGAAGAAUACGACAAUUUCUGCGACAUAGUAAGACUUCCCGGUUUCAAGAAGCUUCACUUAUCACUUAUUGUUGGUUUCUAUCUCGCAGAAGAAUAUGAAAGAUAUGACAAAGGAUACCUACACGAUGCCGUUUGUGGAGCAACCGAUUUGAGGCAAUUUAGUGUCCACACGGACUUUGCCACGAAUCGGCAUUCUUUGACAAUUGGCAUGCAUAAAUAUACGUCGCUAUUCGACGUCUUUCCCAUCGACCGAUGGCAGCAGCUCACGCACUUCGGGCUAUCAAACCUGAGCUUUCUCACCUUUAUGGAAGGUGACGGCAACUACAUAAGUUUAAUGGAAGAUAUCCGCGAUAAGCUCGAUUGGAAACACCGACCUCUUGAUGGAAGGAUCAAGAUCUUAGCCAAGAUCUUUUGUUAUCUAUCGUACUAUGGCCGAUAUAUCUGUGUUGACAAGGAGGUCGAAGAAUUUGUCUACAAUGACGGACCGCGACCGUUCUGGCUUAGGCAGCGCGGUAACAGCUCUGACGUUGAUCCGGGUACCGGCGUGCUGAAAGACUUGUUCAAUCCGGCUUGGGAACGACCGAAUGAUUAUUCCUCAAAGAGAAGGUUGGCAUUUCCACGUCAGCAGUAG